UUUUUUUUUAUCUUUUCCUUUGUAUAAUAUAUCCAACUUGAUUGUAAUAUAUAGAAUAUGAAUUCUUUAACAAUAUAUUCCGGAAAUACCUGGCCUGUUAUUUCGAACAUUAUAGGUUGGGGUUAUUUUUUAUCUUGGUCUGCUAGUUUUUAUCCUCAAGCUAUAUUGAACUUUAGAAGAAAAAGUGUACAAGGUCUUUCUUUAGACUUUUUGUACUACAAUCUCUUUGGUUUUAUAUGUUAUUCGGUCUUCAAUUUGGCCUUUUUCUUUAGUGAUGAAAUUCAGGAUGAAUAUCGACGACGGCAUCAAAAUAGUGAUAAUCUUGUUAGGGCAAACGAUGUAUUAUUUGCUGUUCAUGCUCUUUUAAUAUCCUCCAUCACUUUAGCUCAAACUUUUAUAUACAAAUCAAAUCAAAAGUUAUCCAUUACUGCAAGUUACCUGUUACUAGCAUUCUUGGUCUCUUCUUUGGUGGCUGUUGGGUGUGCCCUGUUGAACUCUAUACUCUGGAUUGAUGUACUUUACUAUUUAAGUUAUAUCAAGCUUUUUAUUACUUUCAUCAAAUAUCUUCCUCAGGUAUGGUUAAAUUAUUCAAGAAGAUCAACAGUGGGAUGGAGCAUUUACAAUAUAUUGUUGGAUUUGAAUGGUGGUAUACUCUCUGUAGCUCAAUUGGUUUUGGAUGCUGCCAUCUCUGGUGACUGGUCUGGUAUCACUGGUGAUCCUGUCAAAUUUGGACUUGGAUUUGUUGCGAUUGCCUUUGACUUGAUAUUCAUUGUUCAGCAUUACGUACUAUAUCGCGAAAGAUAUGAUAUCUAUUUGGAUGCAUAUGAUGAAGAGCGCCAACAAUUGAUCCCAGCUACAAGUAUCUAAGAUGAAACUCUCUAUAGAACAAUCAUUAGAAUCAUCAGUACAAAACAGUUGUAGAAUAUAUCAUAUUUUUAUUAUUAUUAUUGUUGUUAUUGAUGUGAUACGAAAAUCUAUACUAAAACCACAAUAAAGAAAAAAAAAA